CAUCCGACACCAUAUAUACCGUGUUUCAUGUUUCACUGCCUGUUGCUUGCCAGUCUUCCCUUCUUCCUCCAGGUGUGUCCUGCCCUCUUCCUCUUCCUUUCGUAGGGUGUGAAGCACAACAACAGCCAAAAUGUCGGAAAAAAAGAUGACAUCGAGUCGCAGGCAUCAUCUGAAGAGCUUGGUGCUCCAGAUAGCAUUUGAGCUGAUUGAAGUGGAGAAAAAGGAGGCUGAGCAGGUGAAAAAGAAUUUCAUGGCUGAGAUCCCUGCCCUGGAUUUGUCUGGAGAUCAAUCGGCGCUGAUGGAAAUGCUCAAAAAGUUGGCCCAUACCAUCGACAAGGUAGAUGAGGACAGAUAUGACGCAGAAUCAAAAGUGUCGAAGGCUGACAAAGAGAUUGAGGACUUGAAGAUGAAAGUGAUUGAGAUCCAGGGCAUGAAGAAGCCAGCCCUGAAGAAAGUGCGUAUGUCUGCUGAUGCUAUGCUCCAGGCUCUACUGGGAACCAAGCACAAGGCUUCCAUGGAUUUCAGAGCGAACUUGAAAGAAGUGAAGAAGGAGGUCAAAGAGGAGGCAGCGGAUGCAGUUGGUGACUGGCGCAAGAACGUUGAUGAACAGGCUGGCAUGGACGGCAGGAUGAAAAAGUUUCAGGGUUAAACACAGCUGUCUUUUCUCGUAUUGUGGUACAGAGAUGGAUUUAUAUGACCUUGUUGUUUGGCAUCCCUGCAGGAAGAGGAUCUUUGAUCCGAAAUGCUGUUCUUUUUUUUACUGUAGCUGUUCAACUUUUCAACACUAUGGUUUUGGAUCUCUUUCUCUCUCUGUCUCGCUCUCUCCGCCAAAUAAAACAAUAAAAAAUGUUUAAAAAGCUU